AUGAACAAAAAAAAGAAACGACUAAAAGGGGUCCUUUCUAACUCCACCAAAUUCUCUCGGAUCUCUGCAGCUGCAGUUGCCUUAGCCAACCUCAAGUCGAAGAAUGCUCUCCUCUCCGGUGGUCCUUCCGCCGCUGUUCCUCCUGCUUCUUCUUCUUCUAUUGUCAAUCCGACAAUAACAGAGGAGGCUCCUCUUGGUUCUUCUCAAGAAUCGCCUUCUACAGAUCAGUUGGCUUGCCCUACCUCGGGAAUUGAACCUAUUUCAGAUCUUCAAUCUCCACAGCUGGAAACGCACACGGUGAAUGCUAAUACCGGAAAUUCUCAGGUUGCCGUCGAGUCUCUACACUCCGGUCCUGUUCCACCAGUAGAAGUAUCAACUCUGUUGUUCAAAGCUCCAACCAGGAAAUGGUCGACCGUGUUGAGCAACACAUCUCUACUUGAAGAAAUCGGAGAACCAACAGAGCACAUCUCUGGAGCUCCAUUCGUUCUUAUUCCUGAUGAAUCUAUUGAAGACACUAAAGAGGAAUUCAAAGAUUUCAUCUUCGCUCAGUUCCACGAUAAGGGGCCAGAAUUAGGAAGGAUUAUCGGAGUGGUCAAUGCCUUAUGGGCACGUUCAGGGCCAAGAAUCUUUGUGCAUAACAUCGGUAAAGGAACAUAUCUCCUCCGUGUUCAGAAUCCGCGAACAAGAGCAAUUCUGCUAGGUCGAAGCAUAUGGAAUAUUGCAGGACAUCCUAUGUUUGUGUCCCCAUGGUCGCCUGAAUUCAACCCAGAAAUCCCUCCAAUCACCUCAGCUCCUGUAACAGUUGAAUUCAGAGGAGUUCCGUAUCUCCUAUUCACAAAUCAGAACCUCAGCAGAAUCGCUACUGCGGUGGGCAAGCCAGUCUCUCUCGCUCCAGAAACUGAACGCAAAGACUCCUUCGAAGUUGCGCGAGUUGUUGUCCGUGUGGAUCUAACAAAAGAGCUACCGACAAAGGUAAUUUCAGGAUUCUCUAAUGGCAGGGAAGUGGAAAUUGAUGUCUCUUAUCCGUUUCUACCACCAAGAUGCUCCGCUUGUAGGGCUUAUGGACAUGAUCUUAAUCAAUGCUCUCUUAGGCCUCUAAACACAAACACUUUUAGAACCAGUAAUACAAGGUCACGGAGCAGUGACUCUAGAUAA